GUGGUAUUUGUUCCUUUGUGGAUAGUUAUGUGUUUGGCAGUUAUUGGUGUUCUUUAUGCGAUUAUAUUUGCAAGCAUUUUAUUAAGAACACCAGAAGUUGGUCCAGAACAACGUCGUACCAGUAUACAUUCUGCAAUUUCUUACAGUAUGAUAGUAGUGCCAUUGUUAAUUUUUUUGGUAUUAUUAUCUAAUAAACUGGACAGAGGAAGUAGUUUAAGCUAUACAGCUACUUGCAUUCCACUUUUUUUCACAUUUGUUGUACUCAUUCUCUUGUCAUUUGGAUCCAAAGGAGGAAAUCAUU